AUGGGGAAUUCAAGCUCAUCCCAGGCACCCAACUUCUUGCAAAGACAUCCUAGACGGUUCCGACAGCUUCUUUCCGAUCGUGGUGAAAAUGACCGGCUGCAUGAGAGCGAAACUACAAACCCAUUACCAGUCCGCCAGCGUGCAGAGCCAGCAACAAGCCUUGACAGGCUACGGCAAGAAAGUCGGUCCGAGGUCAACAUUUACGGCACGUUUAGAAGGCAAAUAUCUUCUCAGUCAAUAACAGUCGAGAGAGAAACAGGUGAAACAAUCGGAACAGAUGCAAUUGUUUAUGAGCAGGAAGAACGUCCGUUGGUGAAUAUGGAGGACCUAGGAAUGCGCGAUGCUCCUAUCACACACGUUGCUGCGGCACCGUUGGCAAGAAGGCAAUCCACCAUGUCCCGGCUAGGUUCAAGAAUGCUUCCAAGCGCAGUGGCUCGGGGUCUCUUGAAUAGUGGAGAGGAGACAGCUGCCGAAGGCCGCGCUCAUCGGAUGGGUCUUUCUGGAAGACGAUGGAACGAAGAAGAAUUCCAGCGGUUAGGUGAUGGUAACAGAUCUCGCCGCACCAUUAACACAAUCUUCAGAACAUCAAGAACAACAACCUCGAAUUCAAGGAGGCAUACAAUUCGAGGCCCGUUCCCAACACAAUAUUCGAGCGGUCAGCCAAUCGGAGAUGAGCCAGAGGAGGUAAAUACUGCAAAUGUUUCACCAUCUUCAGAUGUGUCUGCAGGUAGCCCUUCAAGUUCCGCACGUAGGCGUGCUCGAUUAAGCAGGGUUGUUGAUUCGCUAUCAUUUCCCAUAUAUAGUCUCUUCAAUCAUUCUGCGGAGUCCUCAAGUCACCAGGCAGCCCCGCGGACGCCCCCCAGAAGACCCUCGCGAGUUGCGUUUGCUGAUGACUCGGACCAUCUGCUUCCACCUCUGUCGACUACGGAUCCUCGACUUGACCUUGAUGAUGCGCCCCAUGAGUUAGACGCUGUUGAGCCCGAAGCUAGGAACGUUUUGUCAAACUCGCGACUGUCACAGAACGGCAUGCGACGUCUUCCCCAUGCCUUACGAUCUAGAUCAACAAGACUGAUUCGUCGUGGCGAGCACCCGCCGCUAUCGCAAGUUCUGCAGCUCGCCGCUACGAGUAUUGCAGCACAGCUUUCUGGCCACCCCAGUCCCUUGACAUCUGGCAUAAGAUCGAUGGGUAACGAUGCUCUCGAUGGCCCGAUACAGAGCUUUGUUCGCACGCUACAAGAGGCAGCGGAUGCUCAAUCCAGUGAGAAUACGAGUCCCAGUGGUAGUGCAGACGGCAAUCUCCCACCAGUCAAUUUCCUGAGGGUGUUUCAAUUUCCUAAUACUGAGCCUGCGUCCACAAUGACAUCCUUGUCUGGUAAUGCUGCGGCUCCGGAUCACGCUCCAGUAGAGAACCUAGACGGCAUGACUGCAGGAACAAAUAACGAGCGGACAGUAACACUCGUUCUUGUAGGGGUACGAUCCAUGCCAUCAAAUACCGAAGGCUCUGGCGAAGAAAGCAAUCUUGGCCCAAGCCUUGAUGCUCUUCUCAGUAUGCCCUUCUUCCCUACCACCAACGUCCUUCGUAGUGGUGCCUCUGGUGCACUACUCCGUCGCUCAGAAGCCAGAUCAAGGUUGAAUAGUCGCCGAAAUUCGAUGACAAGUUUUAGCUCAUUUCCUGCGCAGUAUGACAGCCAGAGACAUCACAGGCCGAGAAACACCAUCAACCGAUCUUCAACAGAAUCAUCCUCACCGACUGCUCAACCCAACUCAGUACCAACAUUGUUGUCAGAGAGCCCACCAGGUCCUAAUCCACCUCCUUCGACUCCCGCAGAUGCUCGAUCUGGAGCUGCAACACCCAACCGUCGGCCAUCUUCUGCCUCCGCGAUCCAUUCUCCCAUCCUCCCUCACUUGAAUGAGCAUCCAUCGAUCAUGACAGACGAACGUUCUAGAGAUACUUUCCUGAGCACUGCGAGGCAGAGGCGCAGAAGCGACUCAGAAUUUGCUCGACGCCCAGAACUGAGCUCUGGAGCCACUCGUCGUAAUGGUGUGGUUGAACCCGACAAUGCCCCUCCUGGGGGAGGUCGCAGUUGGCUAAUCUACGUGGUUGGUACGAACGUGUCGCCUGAUCACCCAGCCUUCACAAUGCCAACACUGUUUACAGACAGUCCAUCCUACGAAGACAUGCAGUUGUUGUCCACUCUCCUUGGACCGGUGAAGCCUCCUGUUGCCACUCAAGAUGAUGUUGUCUCCGCUGGAGGGGUCUACAAUUUGGUGCAGGGGCCAGAAACUCUGGUUGGCCAGUCAUUGACUAAUGACGGAGAAUCGACCAUCGCAAUACUCGCAGGUGACCGCUGCCUGAUUUGUCUCUGUGAUUACGAAGCGAAGGAAGAGGUUAGGAGAUUGGGCAAAUGUCAGCACAUGUAUCAUCGCGAAUGCAUCGAUGAGGACGAAAUUCCUGUCCAAUGUGCCGAGGACAAGGUGUUGACGAGACGCCGUCUGCACCCCCGCAGCCUACGACCCCCUGAAAUAUGUCCUUGCUAUGAGUCAAGUUUAAACAGGCUAAGAGUUAAUCGGAUCCGACUCAAUUUCCAAAGCAGCAGCAUCGCAUUCAUUGGCGCUCAGCAUGGGCACGGUCUUGUGGGCGACAACGACUGGUUCACAUUCCAGAUCAGGGCUUCCAGGUGUCGAGGCUUUUCAGCGUACAUAUUUGACAUUGUCGAGCUUUUCCUGGAUGGCACUGCGGCUGGGCAAGGGUCAUAG